ACUCUCAGCACUUUUCCAUACAAACCUUCAACUGGUGCUUUUAUGAAACUAUUAAAUAUUAACCAGAUCUGUUUGCUUUAUUACCCAGAACAAGAGAAAAAUCCUGAAUUUUGGAACACAAUGGCUCAGCGUACCCUGAAGACUGCUUUGUCAGUCCAAUACCUCAAUAAAAACAAAGCAAAGAAUCUCAUCCUGUUUCUUGGUGAUGGUAUGGGUGUCCCAACUGUGACGGCGGCUCGGAUCCUGAAGGGUCAGCUGAACGGACAGAGUGGAGAGGAGACGCUGCUGGAAAUGGACAAGUUCCCUUUUGUCUCUUUGGCUAAGACAUACAACACUAAUGCUCAGGUGCCUGAUAGUGCUGGAACAGCCACAGCUUUCCUCUGUGGGGUUAAAGCCAACGAGGGCACAGUGGGUGUGAGUGCAGCUGCCGUUCGCUUCCAGUGUAACACCACAAAGGGCAACGAGGUCACCUCCAUCCUCAGAUGGGCCAAGGAUGCAGGAAAGUCCGUGGGAAUCGUGACAACAACACGGGUCACUCAUGCAACUCCAAGCGCUGCUUACGCACACUCGGUGAACAGAGACUGGUACUCUGACAAUGACAUGCCAGCUGAAGCCCUGCUGGAAGGAUGCAAAGAUCUCGCCAGACAGUUGAUUGAAAAUAUUCCCAACAUUGAUAUUAUUAUGGGUGGAGGAAGAAAAUUUAUGACCCCUAAAAAUAUGCCAGACAUAGAAUAUCCUACUCAAACGAAACACAACGGCACACGGAAAGAUGGACGAAACCUGGUGCAGGAGUGGAUAGACAGGACAAAAGAUAAGAAAGGUUUUUAUGUAUGGAACAAGAAGCAGCUGCUUUCUCUGAACCCAAACAAUGUGGAUUAUUUACUAGGGCUUUUUGAACCGUCGGACAUGAGUUAUGACCUGGAGAGGAACACUGACUCCGAGCCCUCCUUGACAGAAAUGGUAGAUGUAGCCAUAAAGGUCCUGAGGAAGAACCAGAAUGGAUUUUACCUGCUUGUAGAGGGAGGACGUAUUGACCAUGGACACCACGAGGGCAAGGCCAAGCAGGCUUUGCAUGAAGCUGUGGAAAUGGAUCGGGCCAUUGGUCGGGCUGAUCUCCUGACCAGCACCCAUGAUACACUGACAGUAGUGACUGCUGACCAUUCUCACGUGUUUAGCUUUGGAGGCUAUACAUACAGAGGAAAUCCAAUAUUUGGUUUGGCCCCGAUGCUGAGUGAUAUUGAUCAGAAACCUUUCACCUCCAUUUUAUAUGGAAACGGACCUGGUUACAAAACGGUCAAUGGAACAAGAGAGAAUGUUUCAACUAUUAACUACAUGGAAGACAACUACCAGGCCCAGGCAGCUAUACCUUUGACCUCAGAGACUCAUGGAGGAGAGGAUGUAGCUGUGUUUGCCAAGGGUCCCAUGGCUCACCUGCUACACGGGGUCCACGAGCAGAACUACAUCCCCCAUGUAAUGGCAUACGCAGCCUGCAUCGGCCAAAACCUGGACCACUGCAACCCGACUGGUGGAACGGUCCGGUUGCAACCAGUCCUCUCAAGCUUUGCAGCCGUUCUCGCAGCAACUCAACUUCUGUGCUGAUUUUACCUGCCGAUCUCUUUCUAGUCUCUCACGUUAGGAUUUUAAUGUUUAGUUUUUGUCAGUUUUUCUCAAGUCUCUGUAAAAAUAUGAUGUUUUGGGACCUUUGAACGACAUAUUUUUUGUGAUAAAUGCAUAAAACACUCAAGGGAUUUGAAACGCA